AUGCCAUGUCUCACGAGUGGCGCGAAACUGUGCAAAGGCCCGGUCGGCCCUCUGCGCGACCGCUGUGCCCUCUGCUCCGUCGAACGCACCGGGCUGAUUCUGUGUUCUGGAUGCCGUGCUGUCCGCUACUGCAGCCGCGCACACCAGGAUGAACAUCAGCCGUCGCACAAGCCUGUCUGCAAUCGCAUCGAAAGUGACCGCGAAAACCUCGCUGACUGGGAACGCAUAAUUUGCAAACAGAAGCUACACGUUAAGUUCGAUUGCCAGGCCAUAGAGAUACAUGUCGACCAUCACACCGAACUCCACGACGUGUUCAAGUACAUACACUAUCGCUUCAUUUUGGCCAACCAUCUGCGCCUCAUAGGCACGCCCGAUGGCGUCCGCGAGGCCGCCGACCACAUGUUGGACAUGCUGCGGAUGAACCGGGGCGACUACACGUUUGUGCAGCACUUUAUUCCAGCCGUGCUGCUGCGGCUGGACCGCGACCAAGACGCGUACGACUUUAUGAAGUGGUGCUCGACGCUAGUCGAGGACGACAACUACGACUGGGGCGCCGUGAGCGAGCCGUUCAUGAAUCUCAAGGACGAGGACGUCCUGGAAGACCCCAACUUUGUCAUCCACAGAUUUCCCAGAGUCAGCCACCUGGCGUGCAUGCUGCUCCUGAAGAUGAAGCUACUAGUCGACAUUCGCGGCAUCAAGACCACGCGUUGGAUCCUGGCCCGCAACAGCCCGCUACCGCCAGAACUGAUCCUAGCUAUUGCGCAGGAUGUGGUCCGUAGUCCCAUUGCCAAGGCACGGCUUGUCCGCAAGCCCACCUCGCAUCUCAACACCAUCGAGGUUAAGCUGGCGCGCCAGGUGGCCCGGCUCGGUCGCGCUAUAUGUGACAACGACUACAAUUUUUUUACCUUCCUUUGCGACCCCGACGAGGCCCUCGCCAUGCACCCGGAAAGGUUCAGUUCUUACUUCUUCGACUACUCCUCGGUCAUGCAGCGGGCGUACUCCGCCAUCCGGGAGACGGCCGGCGUCUUGGAGAUUCUCAAGGCCGCGCGCCUGGUGGCCAAACGUGACUCGGAAGACAAGGUGGCCGAUAUGCUCGAGGACAUCAGGAAGCACAAGAAGGCAGGCCACGAACGCACAGAAGCGGAACUUUUGUACGACGUCAGCCUUGACCGCAUCUGGGAUUAUCUCGACUGGGCCGUGCAGGAUGCCUCGUACCCGGGACGCUGGUCGAAUCGGCCGUCCGAGAGGUACAUACAGAGGAGACGAAAAUGGGCAGCUAAAGAGGAGGAGGAGAGGGAAAGGGCCGAGAUGGGCAGGGAUACUGAUGAAGAAGACGAAGACGAGAACGAAGACGAAGAGUAG